CGCCGUCGCGUUAAGCGCCCUCUGUGUAAGUGCGUUCACGUUUUUUAUGUUCUUUUCGCGCGACUAAACCCGUAAAGUAUAGCUUACCGUUGAUUUUUUCUCUUGUUGACGAAUAAAUAAUACCCUUUAAUUUAAAAUACAUGCAAGGAUUAACACCUGCUUUCUUUCUGCAAAGAAGAAAUGCCUUCCCUAGUUAGCUUAUUUCGUACCUCCAUCCGUACUCGUAGGGCGGCGCAAUUUAAAAAUGGCGGCUUGCAAGAGCUGCCUUUAUGAGCGAGCUUGCAAAAUCUUCGUUCGUUAGGCUCUGACCCAAUAAUCAACAUUUUGAAAGAUAGUAUGCGAAGUUCUUUCUCACCCUCAAUCACAUUAGCGUAUAAUUUUUCAUAACGCGUAAACACAAAGCUAACGAUGCCCACAUAGUUUUGUUACCCACUACCAAUUAGUCUGCUCGUAUAGGGAGUGAUCUGCCCUGCUGUAGAAAUAAAAUAUAGGAAAAACAACCUGGAAGAGAUCGAGUAACCUUUGCGGUCACUCGCAAAAGGGUCACUCGUAGCCCACGAGGCCAUAUACUGUCACAUGCGAGUCACAAUGAGCCAGAAAAGGCCGUUAGCAGCUACUUACCGCCAAAAGAAAAAGAUAUGCGUGUCUUCUGGCGAAAAAUUGAGAAGAAGGACUAUAAAGAAUGGAUCAUCCGGUAAAAACCGAGGUGCUGGCUGCGAAGCACAGACGGCCUUCCAAAUGCUGUGUUCUCUGUUCCCCAAAGAAAAGUUUCCACCAGGAUUCCCUCCAGUUGUCAUGAAGCAUCAGCUGUAUGCCAUCAUUCCAAGUAGGACAGAUGCAGACAGGAUGCUAAACGCAAUGCAGGAGCAAGGUGAGGUCAGACUUUUCAAACUCGGCCCCCAAGAGACAGACAUUGCGGUAACCUCCAAGGCGGACUUCUUUGCUUACGUUCGACAGGACUCAAAGAGCACCACAGUUGAGGACUUUUUAACGAGGGUUCUCUCGACCACGACUCAGAUGAGCUUCUCCAAAGAGUACUUGGUCCAAGAACAGGGUUUCCAGGAAGCUCAAAUAAGUGAACUUGUCCAGCACGGCCUGCUUGCACUCAGAGACAUCGGACGUUGGUGGCUCGGACUUCCAGGUGUAGGAGCAUUCGUCAAGAUCCUCCUGCACGGCCGCAAGACACUGCUGCAGACCCUGCGGCGGUGCAAGUAUCGAGAACUCCUCCGCAGCGACCUCGAAUCAAGAAAACUACCCCGAAGUGCCAAGUUGGGCAUGUCCUAUCACAUCUACGACGCAAUCGGAGCCGACCUGAUCACAUGCGUCAAGACCACGUCGGGCGAUCUACUACGGAUCAGAGAGUGAUUAGACUGGGUUUGAUCCCCGGGAUUACCUUGUGAUAAGACUGCUAAGCUUUUUCAAAUUUUGGAACAAGACAAUCUUUAGUGAUAAUAUUUAUAAUACUUUAUGCUUAAAGUAUAAAGAGAUUGAAUGUGAUAAGGAGUGCUAUGAAAUAAAAGGGGACCUAUUUCUGUA